UUCCGGUUUGUCAGACAAAGGAGAACUUUUCAAUAAAUGACUGCUUUCUAGCUAUGAAUCACGUCUAAUUUGAAGUUCAACGUAAUACCUGUGACUAAGUGAGAGAAGAAAUGGCAGAGAAUCCAGAGGCUAGUGAAAUAAUCUAUAUUCAGCUCUCCAGUCCAGGGGAAACAUUUCCUCAAGAUAUCAACAAUGUGGUUAUGUCUUCUUCAAAUGUUGGGAACAUUGCUAUUCCUAUUGGAACUGUGUCUCCAGAACCUGAUACUGACAUUGCAAUGGGUAAUACAGAUCAGAUUACUGGAAAUGUCACAAAUGAAGAGAAUCCAGUCCCGUUACAAAAUGAUAGCCAGGAACCCCCAACCCAGGCUACUGGGGAGGGGCUGACAAUCUCAGAAACAAAUAACAAUGCUCUCUUCACUGGGGGAGACCCUGGUACAGUAGACUUACCUGUCCCAGUUUCAGCUGAUGUGGAUCCACUCCCCCAGGAGACUCUCCAGGAAGCUGUGCCCACAGUAACAGAUGAAGAAACACCCAGUGUGAUUGGUAUAACACAUGCUGAUGGUCUUCUUAGUGUAGAUAUUCCAUUAUCAGAAGUCAUAGCCGAUCCAUCUACAACACAGACAUCUGAUGUUGUUAACACUGAAGACAUUGCUGAACCAUCUACCACACAAACUUCCGUUGUAGUUAACACAGCAGAAGAAACACACCCAACAAAUACAGACAUUCAUGAAAUGAGUAUCGCACCUAUUGUGACAAAUGCUGAAGUCACUCCAUCAAAACCUCAACCUAAGAUUAUCCUAAAUACAAACACACAGGUUUCACCAAGCCCAUUAUCAUCAUUAUCUGAGAAAAAUGUCACUGUCCCCCCAGGGAUACGUAUACAGACAUACCUCGAUGACCAGGUGGCAUACAAGAUCACCACAAGUGAUGUAACAGAAGCCAUUUCUGCCGUAAGAACCACUUCUUCCAAAGUUAACACUACAAAACCAUUAAAUCCUACAACAGCAACCGCCAAACCCACUCAUCAAUUGGUUGUGACCUCAAUGGGUCUAGUGAGAAAGGCUCUCAUUCCAGAUUCCCCACCGGCAGACUCUGUAGCAUCGACUCAGAAGUUAGUGUCACCAAUCAAAGUCACCAAAAAACCAGAGUCUGUGCCAACCAUAUCAGAGAAUACAAUACAGACAUUCACCUUGACAGACACACAUCCAUCCACUGGUCCUCUGAUUCCAGAGAACGAGAUGAUCCAGAGUUCUCAGAUAGAACAUCUCCAAGGGGAGUCUAUCACUGGAACGAGAGUGAAGGAGUCUGAUAAACAACAGGGGAAUAAAGCAACAGAGAACAUGGAGGUAGGCAGCUACAUGACUGUAGAACCACUGAAGAAAGUGAAAGAUGAACCCAAGAGUGGGGAUGAGAUGGCUUCUCCAACAAGAAAAAGUUACAGGGCACCGAAGAGGAAGGUUGUUAAAGACUAUGAAGAGAUUGGUGGAGCUCAGGAAGACGAGUCAGCACCUGUUAAGAAAAAAGCAAAGACAAUGACGGUGACUGCACCAGCCAAAAAACCCGUCAAAGGUAAGAGAGGAAGAAAGGCAGGCCCUAAAGAAGGGAAAUUGACUGUAGAGGAGGUGUACAAGAGUGGAGAUGAUGCUGAAGAAGAUGACGGCAAUGACUUUCUGAAAGUUUGCAUGGUUAAAUGUGACAAAUGUGACAAACACUUCUUGGACAAAAAGAAGUUAGCUCUUCAUAAAAGACAGGUACAUAAGACUAAGAGGAGUCCACGAGGUUCUGGCAAGGAACAUAUUUGUGAAGUUUGUGGUUACGUGUUUAAAAGACGUGAACAUUGGCGUAGACACAAAGAAGUUCAUCAGAGAUCAAGACCCCAUACUUGUGAGGUGUGUAACAAGACAUUCAAACGUGCAGAGCACGUCAAACGACAUCAGAGUGUUCACUUAACAACCAAACCUUAUCCCUGCAUGGAGUGUGAGAGUGCCUUCACAAGGCCCGAUCAUCUUACAAAGCAUAUGCUACUGCAUAGUGAUCCUAAAGGAUAUAGACAGAGGCAGCAGGCAAAGAAAAAGAAAGGAAAAACGGGAAAGGGGAGACCCAAGGGAAAAGGCUCUAAAAUGAUUAAGACCAUGCCUAGAGGUCGUGGAAAGGUCACUGUUCAACUGAGAGCUACCGUCAAGUCCACAAAUGAGGAGGAUUUUGAGUAUGGAGAUUUUGAGGAAGAGUUUCAGGAUUUAGAGACUGAUGAGGGAGAUCUUUUAUCAACUGAUGAGGAGGAUGCCGUAUAUAAUGAAGCAAAAGAUAGCGGUUCAUUGGAAAAGGUUUACUGAAAAGGAACCAAUCAAAUGUCAGACAAA